AUGUCGCAUAUUGUCUCAUUGCGUAGUGCAUCAUUACGCGCACUACGGUCUAAUUCGACAACGAGAUUAGCUGUUGCUACUGUAACAAAAUGUACAACGUACCCAAAUCGACCGAAUUUUCAUCAACAACAAUGUUCAUUUUCGACUCUUCCACUAUCGCCGACUGGAAUUUUUUCAACACAAAACAAUUCUUUUACAAAGCGAUCGCUUUCCGAUCAAACACUUAUCGUUGAAUCAUCGUAUGGUAGUCUCUACGCCUUGACACGAUGCCUUCAUACAAGUUCAAUUCGUUUCGAAUUGGUAAAUGUCGUAAUACCGUCAUUUGCUGAAUCGGUCAAAGACGGUGGAAUUCGGUUUUUAAAAAAAGUUGGCGAUGCAGUAGCUGUCGAUGAAGCAAUAGCUGAAAUUGAAACUGAUAAAGCAAAUGUGAGUGUCAAUGCACCAACGGCAGGUGUCAUUACAUCGUUAAUCGUGAAAGAUGGAGACAGUGUGAUAUCCGGUGCUCAAAUAGCUGUAAUUGACACAAGCGGGGUUGGUGCUAAACCUGCAACAUCAGGUAAACCAGCAGAGACUACCGAUGCUGCUAAAACUAAAGAGGAACCAUCGAAAGCAUCAGCUUCUUCGAGUGGUCCAGCUCCACGUACGACACCUUCAGUGCCAACUGUACCAAAAGGUCCACAACGUGAAACACCAACAUCACAAAUCUCAGUGACGCCCGCUAAACAAGUGCAAACUGCUACUGGAAUUGAUCCACAUAAAAUUACUGGUACACGAUCGGAAACAAGAGUUAAAAUGUCAAGAAUGCGCUUGAAAAUUGCUGAACGUCUUAAAGAAGCUCAAAAUACAUGUGCUAUGUUAACCACGUUCAAUGAAAUUGACAUGAGUAACAUGGUCGAGUUUCGUAAAAAAUAUGCCGAUCAAUUUCUUAAACGUCAUAACAUGAAAUUAGGAUUUAUGUCAGCUUUUGUUAAAGCAUCAGCGUGUGCACUUGUUGAUAAUCCUAUUGUUAAUGCAGUUAUUGACGGCAAUGAAACUGUCUAUCGAGAUUAUGUUGAUAUCAGUGUUGCUGUUGCUUCACCAAAAGGUUUGGUUGUACCAGUACUUCGUAAUGUUGAGAAAAUGAACUAUGCUGAUAUUGAACGAACAAUUAGUGAAUAUGGUGAAAAAGCAAAGAAAGGCACGCUUGCCAUUGAAGAUAUGGACGGUGGCACAUUUACAAUUAGCAAUGGAGGAGUAUUUGGCUCAUUGUUCGGUACUCCUAUUAUCAAUCCACCACAAUCCGCUAUUCUUGGUAUGCAUGGAAUAUUUGACCGACCCGUAGCUAUAAAUGGCAAAAUUGAGAUCCGUCCAAUGAUGUAUGUGGCACUUACUUAUGAUCAUCGUAUAUUGGAUGGCCGCGACGCAGUACUAUUCCUCCGAAAAAUUAAGCAAUACGUCGAGGAUUCACGUUCGAUCUUUCUCGAUAUAUAA